CCUGAUUCAAGAAGAUAAGCGAAAUCCAUCUGAAAAAAAAAGUGCGUUAGUCGAAUACAAAGAAAACGAAACAACGCCUAAAAUCGGAGCCCUGAUUCCAAGAAAACAAGCAAAACCCACCUGA